AUGGCUUCCGGUUCUUCCUCCUCUUUCCUUCUCAUCCUCGUCGCCUUCAUCUCCUUCGCCACCGCUGAAAUUCGUUUCACCGAGAUCCGAUCGGACCCCCGACCAAUCAUCCCCUUCGAUGAAUUCGGUUUCACUCACAAUGGCAGACUCGAACUCAACGUUUCCAAACUAUCGUUCUCGACAGCAGACCCUGACCUUUCCAAAUUAGGUUUUUUUCUCUGCACGCGUGAUUCAUGGCUUCAGGUUCUCCAACAGAUCGAAGACGCGGAGAUAGCGUGUGCGCUUCAAUCCAAUAUCAUCAAAGAAGUUUAUAAUUUGAAUUCGAUAGCGAAAGAUGCGAAAGGUUUUGAUCAUUAUUAUCUCCAAUCGGAUGCCGAUCAGUAUACUCUUGUGUUUGCUAACUGUCUUCCUCAGCUUAAGAUCUCAAUGGACGUCCGAUCUGCUAUGUACAAUCUCGAUGCUUGGGUUUACUUUCUGUACAAAAAACGUCUUACUGUGUUCGGAAUCCAUUUCUUUAUGCUUGCUGUUGUGGUCCUGAAAGCAUUGAACUUGGUAUGUGAAGCCGAAGAUAAAUCCUAUAUUAAGCGUACUGGUAGUGCCCAUGGAUGGGAUGUUCUGUUUUACAUUUUCAGCUUCUUGAAAGGAAUCACAUUGUUCACAUUGAUUGUGUUAAUUGGGACUGGAUGGUCGUUCUUGAAACCCUAUCUCCAAGACAAAGAAAAGAAGGUGUUAAUGAUUGUGAUCCCACUUCAAGUCGUCGCCAACAUUGCUCAAGUUGUGAUCGAUGAAUCAGGGCCAUAUGGGCAAGAUUGGGUGACAUGGAAGCAGGUAUUUCUACUAGUCGAUGUUGUCUGUUGUUGUGCUGUUCUAUUCCCCAUUGUAUGGUCAAUCAAGAACUUAAGAGAAGCAGCUAGAACAGAUGGAAAAGCAGCUGUUAAUCUGAUGAAAUUGACCCUCUUCAGACAAUAUUAUGUUGUGGUUAUAUGCUACAUUUACUUCACAAGAGUUGUGGUGUAUGCAUUGGAGACUAUCACUUCGUAUAAGUAUUUGUGGACUAGUGUAGUAGCUGCAGAGUUAGCCACUCUUGCUUUUUACGUGUUCACUGGGUACAAUUUCAAACCAGAGGCUCAUAAUCCAUACUUUGCUGUUGAUGAUGAUGAUGAAGAAGCUGCAUCAGAGCAAUUGAAACUUGAAGAUGAAUUUGAACUUUGA